AUGUCCAUCCUCAAGCUUCCCAAUGAGCUUCUGCUCAAGAUUGGUGAUGCUUGCGAAACCCGCAGGGACCUGAGUGCCCUGAGCCGUACCAAUUCCUCCAUGUACCAGCUCUUGAACAGACAGAUGUACCGCAAUGCGCUGAGGGAGCAUGAUGGCAGGAUCUUCCUAGAAGCGCUUAGAGACAAGAAAGACGACCUCGUACGCGGACUAGUCGAGGUAUCAAACACCAUUCAAGGCUUCUCAUGGAUGAAGUUCUGCUUCAUCUGGUAUGAUGGAAUUACCAUUCGAGGAACCGUCCGCUUCCUAAUUGCACGAGAACAAGACCUCGACAUCCACGCGCCAAGCCCCUUCAAUGGACAAAUGAUGCUGAAGAGCAUCGUCGAAGAAUCUGACGGUAUAGCCAUUGACAUGCUGAUGGAGUGGAAGGGUGACGAACUGCUAUCCGAGCCAGCGGCCACCCAACUUCCCUUCGUCAACUACGCCGCCAGACUUGGAGACACCGACAUCAUCAGAAGACUGCUGAGUUAUGGCUUCCCAAUCGACUUCAGAGACGAGCAGGAUCGGACCCCGCUGAUGAGCGCAGCGGCCAACGGGCACGACAUGGCGGUCAGGAUGCUGUUGGAAAGCGGCGCCUCGGUGUUCCUGACAGACAGACACUACGGGCUCACGGCGCUGGGCUGGGCUCUGCGUCGAGGCACAAGCGUCGCAUCUGUCAGACUUUUGCUCAUGUACGGCAGCGACCCGAACAUGCAUGACAAGCACAACAGACAUCUGGUCCUCACCCCGCUGCACUCGGCAUUCAAGGGCGCCAUUAUGCCCCUUCUCUGGGCCGGCCUCUCGUUCACCGACGACGAACUUCAUAUACCACACUUCAUGUUCGAUUUUGCCUGCCUGUACGGCCUCGACGACGUGGCGCGGUGGGUCUACAGGCGGUGGCCGGCGCUCGUGAAGACAAACGGCGGCAGCCUGCCGUGGUAUUUCCUUCUCCACGCGGUGCAGGGUAUGUCCAUCCGGGUCGUGAGACAGUUGCUGGAGUGGGGGGCCGACCCAAACCUGGGCGGGCCGUGGGACGAGUCGCCGCUCAAUUGCGCGCUGAAGUAUGAGGAUAUAAGGGCCGUGGUCAUCGUCAAGGAUCUGUUGAAGUAUGGGGCCGACCCCAACGUCGUCGAUAAGCUCGGCAGCCCGCUGCAAUUCGCGCUGAGGUUCGAAAAGGAGCGCUCGAUUGUCCUCUGCAGGCUCUUGCUGGCGUUCGGGCUGGACCUGCGUCGGCAUCGUCGCGCGAGCGUCGCCGUGCUGCUCUAUCUGGCCGUCGAUGCGAAUGAUCUUGACAUGGUGAGGCAGAUGGACGAGCAGGGGGUGAGCAUGAAUCUCGCUUCGGAGAGCCUCCCGCUGCCUAUCAUCCAGGCUAUGGAGCAUGGGUAUGUCUCGCUUGUGAACUAUCUCCUCUGCCGUGGCGCGAGAUAUGACGUUGCCAACCGCCAUGGUCAGACUGCCCUGACUUGGGCUAUUGUGAAUGGCCACGUGGACACAGUUCAUAUCCUUCUGUUUUUUAUUGAUUUGGAAGAGCGGAGGGAUGAGAUCGAGUCUGCGUUGGUGACGAGUUUGCUUCGUGGCGAUGAUCGAGUGUAUCAGGCUCUUGUUCGUGCAGGAUUUGACCUGCCAGAGGACCUUAUCGGUAUCCAGCAUCUCUUUGGAACUGCCUAG